AUGAGAUUUGCUGAUGUCUUGGUCGAUUUUCUUAAUGCCUUGGUAGAUUUUCUUAAUGCCUUGGAAGAUUUUCUUAAUGCCUUGGUAGAUUUUCUUAAUGCCUUGGAAGAUUUUCUUAAUGCCUUGGAAGAUUUUCUUAAUGCCUUGGAAGAUUUUCUUAAUGCCUUGGUAGAUUUUCUUAAUGCCUUGGAAGAUUUUCUUAAUGCCUUGAUCCAAGAGGAUCCAAGAUCCAAGAGGGUCCAAGAUCCAAGACGAUCCAAGAUACAAGAGGAUCCAAGAUCCAAGAGGAUCCAAGAUCCAAGAGGAUCCAAGAUCCAAGAGGGUCCAAGAUCCAAGACGAUCCAAGAUACAAGAGGAUCCAAGAUCCAAGAGGAUCCAAGAUCCAAGAGGAUCCAAGAUACAAGAGGAUCCAAGAUCCAAGAGGAUCCAAGAUCCAAGACGAUCCAAGAUCCAAGACGAUCCAAGAUACAAGAGGAUCCAAGAUACAAGAGGAUCCAAGAUCCAAGACGAUCCAAGAUACAAGAGGAUCCAAGAUCCAAGACGAUCCAAGAUCCAAGACGAUCCAAGAUACAAGAGGAUCCAAGAUCCAAGACGAUCCAAGAUACAAGAGGAUCCAAGAUCCAAGACGAUCCAAGAUACAAGAGGAUCCAAGAUCCAAGACGAUCCAAGAUACAAGAGGAUCCAAGAUCCAAGAGGAUCCAAGAUCCAAGAGGGUCCAAGAUCCAAGAGGAUCCAAGAGGAUCCAAAAUCCAAGAGGGUCCAAGAUCCAAGACGAUCCAAGAUACAAGAGGAUCCAAGAUCCAAGACGAUCCAAGAUACAAGAGGAUCCAAGAUCCAAGACGAUCCAAGAUACAAGAGGAUCCAAGAGAACACAUCUCUCCCCUGUCAAAAACAUCGAAGCCCGCGUCGGACCCCGCGUCGGACCCCGCGUCGGACCCCGCGUCGGACCCCGCGUCGGACCCCGCGUCGGACCCCGCGUCGGACCCCGCGUCGGACCCCGCGUCGGACCCCGCGUCGGACCCCGCGUCGGACCCCGCGUCGGACCCCGCGUCGGACCCCGCGUCGAAACCCCGCGUCGAAGCCGGCUUCGAAACCCCGCGUCGAAGCCGGCUUCGAAACCCCGCGUCGAAACCCCGCGUCGAAACCCCGCGUCGAAACCCCGCGUCGAAACCCCGCGUCGAAACCCCGCGUCGAAACCCCGCGUCGAAACCCCGCGUCGAAACCCCGCGUCGAACCCCGCGUCGAAGCCAGCCAGUAAUUGGGUAG